AUGGCGAGCAUAAAAAUGAGCGAUAUUCCAAACGUCCUUAUUCUUGUUAUAUAUUUUCAUCUCUUGUAUCGUUUUAUCAGUUAUGGUUAUUAUUCUUAUAUCCCAGGAUUUACAUUGGCCGUACAGGCAGGAUAUGAUUACAUGUACAAAUAUUUGGCUUCGAUUACUGUAAUCACUUUUAUUGUAACAUUCAUCCUUGAUUAUGGUCCAGACUUUGUGAUGUGGCUUUUUGCCGAAGCUCGAAAAGAUUUUAAAGCAAAGCUUAUGGCAAUUAAGAAAGAUAUUCAAGAAUUGGAAUCUUCUAUGAUUGCCAAAGCAAAAAAAAAACGUGAAAAGUUUAGUGAACAUUCGAAUUUAUCCGAUGAAUCUACAUUUUGCCCACCAGUUCAUAAUGAGGAUUUAUUUGGUAAUACGCAGAACAUACCAAGAAUUGUUCCGGUCGCAAAUGAUCAGUUUGAUCCUUUACAACAACAAAAAGAUUCAACAUAUUUCAAAAUGUCAUACAAGGUUGACAAAGGCCUUCGUACUUUACCUUUUGCUGCAAAUUUACCUGCUGUUGAUAACCCACAAUUUGCUGCGAAAUAUACUACCGUUUCAUCGUUAUCAAAAGGUGAAUGGCCUUCACCACCUAGAAAAGAGCCAUGUAGAUAUAUCAGCAAUGACCAAGGUGCAUAUCUAAAACUGAGAUUAGGUCAUCCGGAAGAAUUAAGUGCUCGUAAAACAGAACUUCCGGAAUAUGAGGCCUUUCGGCCUACAUUUGGUUCCCCUCUGUGUUCACAAAGAAUGGUCGAGGUUGGACCGCAAAAUAGAGUAACCGUUAUAUCUCCACGAUUCUUAAAAGGUGCCAAUACAAAUAAUCGUUGUGAAAAAAGACCAUCUACCACUCGUAGGAUUAUACAAGCUGCAUUUAAUAGGUUUAAAGCGGCACAUUCGUCUCCCGAAUUUUCUGAACAAACAGUCAAUAGUCUUGCAUCUUCUAGAAAUAAUGAAUGUCGUUAA